CCUCCUCCCCUUUUGGAUCACCAAACGAUCGCAGGCUGCGUCGUCGCAUUUCCCGCCACAGCAUUGCAUAUCAUCUGCAUCUCACACUCCGAAUCGCCUCUCCUUCCCUUCCCGCCACCCGGAUCCUCACUACAACACAUCAUCCCCAAUGGCGGGCCGCUUUGUGCGAGCGUCGAAAUAUCGACACGUCUUUGGCAAGCCGACCCGCAAGGAGUUCUGCUAUGACAACCUUCGCAUUAGCCGAAAUGCAUGGGACACCAACUUGGUGAAGGCCAACCCCGACUAUCUCUCGGUCAAUUGGGAAGCUGGCGGCGGCGGCGCCUUCGCCGUCAUCCCUCUCGGCGAGACGGGCAAGGUCCCCGACCAAAUCCCGCUGUUUCGCGGCCAUACUGCCACCGUCCUGGAUACCGACUGGAACCCUUUCAACGACCGCGUCAUCGCGUCCGGUUCCGAGGAUGGGAAGGUCUUCAUCUGGCAGGUCCCUGAGAACUUCACCCUCUACACGGAUGCCGAGGAACCCGCCGACGUCUCUCCCGUCGGCAAGCUCGCCGGCCACUCGAGAAAGGUUGGCCAGGUCCAGUUCAACCCCGCUGCCGAGAACAUCCUUGCGUCCGCGUCCGGCGACUUCACGAUCAAGCUGUGGGACAUCAACAGCGGCUCGUCUACCCACACCCUGAAGCACAACGACAUUGUGCAGAGCCUGUCGUGGAACGCCAGUGGUUCGAUGCUGGUGACGACGUCUCGCGACAAGAAGAUCCGCGUGUGGGAUGUGCGCGCCGAGAAGCCAGUCCACGAGGCCCCUGGCCACCCAGGCGCCAAGAACAGCAGAGCCGUGUGGAUGGGCGAGCACAACCGUUUCGCCACCGCCGGUUUCUCGCGCAUGAGUGAGCGUCAGCUCGCCCUGUGGGAGCCCGGUCGCAAUGAGCCCAUUGGAGGCUUCUCCAUGCUGGAUUCGAUCUCGGGUGUCAUUAUGCCUUUCUGGGACGACGGAUCCAACUGCUUGUAUCUUGCCGGCAAGGGUGACGGCAACAUCCGCUACUACGAGUACGAAAACGACAAGUUCGAGUACCUGAGCGAGUACAAGUCCGCCGAGCCCCAGAGAGGCAUUGCCUUCGUUCCCCGCCGCGGCAUUAACGUGCACGAGAACGAGGUCAUGAGAGCUUACAAGACGGUCAACGAUACCUACAUCGAGCCCAUCUCCUUCACCGUCCCCCGGAGAGCCGAGACCUUCCAGUCCGACAUCUUUCCCCCCGCUUCUGGUCUCAAGCCUGCCGUUAGCGCUAAGGAGUGGCUCGAGGGCAAGGAGGGCAUUCCCACCAAGAUCGACCUCGAAAGCGUGUAUGAGGGUACUGCUCCCAAGGAGGUUGCCUCUGACUACAAGCCCCCUGUGAUUGCCUCUGCUCCCACGCCAGCUGCCAAGCCUGUGCCGAAGCCCGCUCCUGCUCCGGAGCCUACCCCGGUUGCGCGCUCGCCGCCGCCUUCGAUGAAGGAGCAGCAGGCCUCCAUCUCCAACAUGGCGUCCAAGUUCAAGGACAACGAGCCUGCUGAGCUUGAGGAUGACGAUGAUGACAACUCUAGUUUCGAGGAGGUGCAGAGACCAGCUCAGCGCGCUGCUGCUCCUGCGGCUGCCCCUGCCCCUGCCCGUGUUGAGCCCGCCAAGAUCCCUCCCCCUAUUAAGGCUGCCUCCCCCCCUCAGAUCAAGUCGCCUCCCGCCCAGCAGUCGCCUGUCAAGCCAGCAUCGGCCAACUCGCCUGCAUCCUCGACACACAUCGAGUCAUCCCUGGAUCAGAUUAGACAGAUGCUUGAGCAGCAGACCAAGCUCAUCAACAAGCAGAAUGACAAAAUUAGCCAGCUUUCGGCUGAAGUUGAGGGGCUGAAGCGCAAGGUAAACGCCGGAGGGUCGCAGGAUCAGAGCGAGAGGAUCAGACAGUUGGAGCUUGAGCUUGAAGCUGCACGCUCUUGAAGGGUUUUCUGGUGUAGGUGACGUGCAUCCAAGAAGGGUGUCUUGUGUCGAUGUGGAGGAGUGUGCAUCAGGGGUUGGAAAGGUGUGAUGGAAAAGGGGUUUGGGAUGGAUAGCAAGCAGUGUUUGUCACAAGCAGAGUUAGUUUGGUGUUAUACGUAUUUUGUUCUCUUCUCACUGGUCUCGAGGCAUAUGUAGACAGGUCUCAUGUGGCCCAAGAUCGAUCAGUUCUUUGUAAUGAUUGGCUUUCAACAUAGAUUGGAGCUGUGCUGAAUGUCUGUGUUUCUAUUGUUCGUUUCAUCUAGCUCAUUGGAUGUGAGUUCUUGGACGCUGAGUGGGAAUGAUUGGGAGUGGUCUGACGUCUCAGGACAUGUCACAUCUAGGGAGCUCCUUUGACGUCUGGAGUUGAGGGCAUGCGUGCGUUGUUUCCUUCAUCUCAUGUUGAAUUUUUGUCUAACAAACUCUCCAAAGAACAGAGAAGAGGAGCGUAGAGUUUAAAGAUCAUUCUGAUGUUUAGGCUUGUAGGGUUCUGAC